CGUCCAACAACACCAGUGUUACCGGGGGAGAUGCAGGACAGAUGUUACAAGCUGCCAAAACGAGCUGGUGUUUUUUAAAUGUUAGGUUCACAUCGGAUUACAGUGUUCUGGUAUUAACCCGAUAGACCAACAGCAAUGGAUGAGGCGUGGAGUUUUGAGUUCCUGUCCCGCAUCGCUGACAGCUGCGUGUCGUUCCUGUCCGAGUUCGUGGAGGACUGGCUCACCAACGACAUGAGAGUGUCCAUAUUCAAGAUCUUGUUCAGCUGGUUGAUUUUUAGCCUUAUUGCUAUUCACUUUGCUUGGAAAGUCUACGGGAAUACGGUGAAUGACAUGUAUUACCGACAAGGUACCGGGCAGAACGGCAGCACCCCCGACGCAGCUCCGCACCUCAGUGCAUGGGAGAGUAAAGCGGGUGAUAUUCCGAAAAGUCAUCGAGAAUAACAGGACACUGCUGUUUGGACUUUAUCCAGUUGAAGGCUGGACAGUUUAUUUAAGAGACACUGGACACAGACUUUUUUUUUUUUUUUCCGGUAAUAAAGCCACCGAAAAAUAGUCUUGAGAAAGGCUUUAUCUUUUGUCAUUCUCCAAGAGAAACAUUUUAGUUUUUGUACAUAUGAAGUACAUAUGAGAAAUGGUGUCAAAGAAACAGUUUUUUUGAGAUACUUUUACUUUUGCUUGCCAGCAGUGGUCACUGAGCACCACAUUUUCUCUACCAAGGAGACCAAAAUGUACUAUUUUUUUUUUCCUUUUUGAAAUUGAAGUGGCUUCAGUGCUAUUGUGAGACAUAUGCAUGGAUUUGUACUUGGUUUCAGUUGCAUAUAUGAAAGUUUUCAUUUCAAAAGCAAAUGUACUAUUAUACUUGACUGAAACGGUGUUUGAAGAAAAAAAAACAAUAAAAUGUGGUUUUGGUUCAUAGGAUUAUAUAGAUAGUUAUUUUGUUAAACUAAUUCAAUUAAUAGAAGUGGCUGAUCAGUGUUGUACAUCUGACUGAUCUGAUUUAUUUUUAUUUUUGCAGCGUACGGGUAAUUUCUCUUAUGAAUCACUGUCCUGCAUGCCUAAAUAUCACGACUUUUAAUGGGUCCAUAAAAGGAUCUAUCCCCUCUUUACUUUUGGGUCUUAAAAUAUUAAUUUACAAUAAAUUCCCAUGUGAAAAUGAAAAGAAAUGCAGCAGCAAAUAUAGUUAAUCUGGAGGUCUAAAUUGAGUGUGGUCCUUCCUGUCGGUUAGUCCUUGUGGUCCAGACCAGUUGCUGGACCAUCGUCAGUGACUGAUAAACUGCUUUUAACCUCCUUCCAACAAAAAAAAAUACAAAUUAAUCAAAGAGAGUAGACGAUCUAAGAACAAACAGCGUGGAUUAUACUGCCAAAUUCAUCCCAUUAACAGAAAGUCAUGAAUUUGUGAACUACAAAAAAAAUGACAUAACUGAUUUCUUGCCAAACAUAAAGAUCAAUUUUUAAUAAAUGUUUAAUGGAAACAUUUUGGAAAGAAUACGUAUAACAUUAAGAUGCUGAAUAUUCAAGAAAGGUACAUUAUGUGAUUGCUUGAUGAGUGAGACAUUACGCAUCUACCAACUUCUUAUGUUUAGUAUUCCUAAGCAUAAUUCAUAGACACAUCUUUACUGUACAGCAUGUGGAACACCAACAAAGAAAUGAUGAUAGGAAAUUUGCCACAUUUUCAAGGAAAAGCCAAGAAAAAACAUGCUGCUAAAGAUAAUGGGUUAGAUAAUUUAAAAAAAAGUUUGAAAUAUGCUGAGCUGAUGCAAUUGUUGCCAAAGAUGUUUAUUUCCUUGAGUUGGAUUAAAACUUGUGACAAGUACAUAUGUUUCCU